UGACGUCGUCGGCGGCGAAGGGGCGGAGCGAACCUUCUCGCAACUUUGGAUGAACUUCUGAGUGGAACAAACGGCAGGCAGGCAGUGAGGAAACACACACACACGGCCAGAAGAAGACACAAAGUGUACAAAUCUUGGACGUCUUGUUAUUAUUAUUUUCUAUUUUUUUUGAAUGAACAUCCGUGACUGACAAGCGAAGGUGUAUUUUUGUCAUCUCUUAACGAGCGAAGGGAUGAGAAGGUUCCGUGAAUGAGAAAGAUGGUGGUUGGAAUAUAACCAAGCAGCCAGGGAAAAAGGAGAACUGCAGGGCUGAAUGUGUCUUUAAGACUCUUGUCACUUCACUAGCAGCGGGCAUUAUGUUGAAGCCAAUCUAAACACACCAUUUCUACCUGUGCCCUCCCUUUUCCUAAAGCCCCAACUUCACAAUGACCAGUCUCAAGCGUUCCCAGACGGAACGAUCCGUUGGGGGCUCGGUCCCGGCUACCGAUGAGUUCUAUACUCGCCGUUUGCGUCUUCCCAAUGGAGGCGCUCCACCACCCCGCAGCGAGAGCGCUCAUAUUUCCUCUUCCUCCACCAUCGGCACCAACCCCGGAGUCCCCAAGAUGGGAGUUCGGGCUCGUGUGGCUGACUGGCCCCCAAGAAAAGAUGGGGGAGGCGGAGGUGUUUGGCAUAUUACAGUGGAAACUGACUCACCCAGUUCCAACACCACCAGCUCCUCUGGAAGUGGUGGAAGUGGAGACCGAGAAAGACUUGGUGGAGGUGGAGGUGGAGGUGGUGGCGGUGGCAGUGGUGGAGGUGUCUCAGCAGUCACAGCCCACAGCAAUUUGUCAGCCAAGCUGGGCCAUCUCAUCAGCCCCCAGGACUCAUCCAUGCUCCGCAAUAUCCAGAACACACUGAAGAACAAGAUGCAAAUGAAGGGAAAGGACAAUCGUUUUUUGUCGCCUGAUGGCUACCUUGGUUCACCUCGUAAAGGUAUGAGACGCAUCCGACAGCGAAGUAACAGCGAUAUAACAAUUAGUGAAUUGGACGGUGAUGGUAAUGAGGGCUGGUCUUUCUCUGGGUGGACUCCCAUGCACCGAGAGUACGGCAGCACUUCAUCAAUAGACAAACAUGGUGUGUCAGGGGAGAGUUUUUUUGACAUGCUCAAAGGAUACCAGUCGUCCGAGGCCCCCGAUCAAAGAAGUCCAGCCCCAGAAAGGUUAACCGAGCUGCUGACUGUGGCCCCUGUGAAACAGACUGCCCUGGAUUUGCCUGAUGGACCCAUGGGACCAGCCAGAGGUAGUCCUGCAAGUCGGCUUAAGGAAAGAGAGAAGCACUUGAAAAGGAGGUCCAAGUCUGAGACGGGUGGAGAGUCAAUAUUCCGCAAGUUGCGUAGUGUAAAAGUAGAAGGUGACACAUCGAGAGCUGGGUCAGAUGCUGAGGAUGGUGGAAAAGGGGACGAGAGUGCGCCCCCUCCUAAACCUUGGAUGUGCCAAAAGGGCUUCGCCCAUUUUGAUAUUCAUUCGUUACUCUUUGACCUCAAUGAGGUCAUCCAAAGCCGCCAGUCGGGAGCCAAACGCAAAAACACCACUACCGGUGCCUCGGCCGCCGCUGCUGCUUCUGCCACGUCGUCCCUCUCCUCUAGUCAGAACGUAGUGUAUGGCUCGCCAUGCGGCUCGCAGGAGGAGCUGAGUAAAGAAGGGCCAGGUGGACAUGGUACCAACCCAGCUUUGGACCCGGGCGACGACAAGAGCAACGACCUGGUGCUCAGUUGCCCGUGUUUCAGGAACGAGAUUGGUGGAGAGGGUGAGAGGAACAUCGCUCCAGCAAAACAGCAAGGCAGCAUUGGAAGUGGUGGGAGCUCAAGCAACUCUACCAGUAGUCCAGAAGAAGGACCUUUGGAGGGCACGCUCACGACUCAUUUUACGAACGCUGGCGUGGCAGUCUUGGAGGCCCCAAAGGACGGCCCAAGUCAACACGCUGAACGGUCCAAACGAUAUAUUGUGGAACAUGUUGACCUUGGAGCCUACUACUACAGAAAGCACUUUUACCUCCGAGAACACUGGAACUACCUGGGGGUGGACGAGAACUUGGGCCCAGUGGCAGUGAGUCUCAGGAGGGAGAAGGUGGAGGAACACAAGGAACACGGCCAGCAGUAUAACUACAGGGUCAUUUUCAGAACGAGUGAGUUAAACACCCUGCGGGGCUCCAUCAUAGAAGAUGCAGUGCCGUCAACAUCCAAACACGGACUGGCACGAGGACUGCCCCUCAAAGAGGUGCUGGAGUACCUGGUGCCGGAGCUGAAUGUUCACUGCCUGCGCUUGGCACUCAACACGCCCAAGGUCACUGAACAGUUGAUGAAGCUGGACGAGCAGGGGUUGAGUUUCCAGCGAAAGGUGGGGGUGAUGUACUGCAUGGCGGGCCAGAGCAGCGAGGAAGAAAUGUAUAACAACGAAUCAGCUGGCCCCGCAUUGGAGGAGUUUCUCCAUCUUUUGGGAGAGAGGGUUCGACUCAAAGGCUUUUCCAAGUACCGGGCCCAGCUGGACACCAAGACUGACUCAACUGGAACUCACUCCCUGUAUACCACACAUAAGGAUUAUGAGCUAAUGUUCCACGUUUCAACCAUGCUUCCCUACACGCCCAACAACAAACAACAACUCCUGCGGAAGCGCCACAUUGGGAAUGACAUCGUCACCAUUGUGUUCCAGGAGCCAGGAGCGCUCCCCUUCACCCCCAAAAACAUCCGUUCACACUUCCAACAUGUCUUUUUGGUCGUUCGGGUACACAAUCCCUGUUCUGACAACACCUCCUACAGCGUGGCAGUCACCCGGUCUAAAGACAUGCCAUUGUUCGGACCGCCUAUCCCGGAAGGCGUUACCUUUCCUAAGUCGUCGGUGUUCCGGGACUUCCUCCUCGCCAAGGUCAUCAAUGCAGAGAACGCUGCUCACAAGUCCCACAAAUUCCGUGCCAUGGCCACGCGGACACGCCAGGAGUACCUGCGAGACCUGGCCGAGAGGCAUACCACCAGCACGCCCAUCGACCCGUCUGGAAAGUUCCCCUUUAUCUCCCUGGCACACAAGAAGAAGGAGAAGAGUCGUCCGUACGCCGGUGCUGAGCUGCGGAGCCCCGGGGCGAUUACUUGGCCGGUCCACGCGGAGGAUCACGGCACGGGAGGGGAGAUGGAUGCCCUUCUGGCCAUCUCCAACGACUUCCUCAUCCUGCUGGACCACGAUGUCAAGGCCGUGGUGUUCAACUGCGCCACCAAAGAUGUGAUAGGCUGGACGCUGAGCAGCCCGGCAUCAUUACGGAUUUUCUACGAGCGUGGGGAAAGUGUAUCGCUAAGGAGUGUCAGUAACAACACGGAGGAUUUCAAAGAGGUGCUCAAACGUUUGGAGUUCCUGACAAAGGGCUGUGAGACGUCGGAGAUGACACUCCGUCGAAAUGGCCUUGGACAGCUCGGCUUCCAUGUGAACUACGAAGGCAUUGUUGCCGAGGUGGAACCAUACGGCUACGCGUGGCAGGCGGGGCUGCGACAGGGGAGUCGUCUGGUCGAAAUCUGCAAAGUCGCCGUCGCAACACUGACUCACGAGCAAAUGAUCGACCUGCUGCGCACCUCGGUCACCGUGCGUGUUUCCAUCAUCCCGCCGCACGAUGACGCCACCCCGCGCAGGGGCUGUUCAGAGCUUUACCGCAUGCCGAUGGCCGACUACAAGAGCAGCAGCGGCGACAGCGGCUCCUUCGAGUACAAGUUCCCCUUCCGCAGCAACAAUAACAAGUGGCAGAGGACUUCCAGUAGCCCGCAGCAGUCGCUCACCGCCUCGCCGCAGCCCCACACUCCCAACAGGGCCAUCAGCCUGGGGAGCUCGGUGGGCAAGACCCUGUCAGCUGAGAGGCUGGAGAGGGGAGCGGUCAUCCCACGCAGCGUCAGCAGUGAUGGACGCCCCCUGGACACCAAGAGGAUGUCUCCAGGCAGCGAGAGCUACAGCCUGGCCUCCUCGAUGGCUCUGGGACGCUCUCCUCAUAAUCGCAGCUCUCCCAGUAACCUGUCGUGUUCCAGCGACGCGUCUGGCAGCUCAGCACACUGGAGACAGAAGUCCAUGCCUGAGCAGUUUGCAGGGACCCGCCAUUCUCCAAUGUCCAAUGAGAGACUGGCAGAAGGUGGGUCAGGUGGAAAACCCACGUCCAAUUGGUCGAGAGGAAUGGAGGACGGAGGGCCUGAACGCGGGUCAACAGAGGCACCGGCCUCUAAAUCUGGGCAAGGCUACUCCGGAGGACCUCGCAUUCAAAGACAAGAGCAGGUCAUCCACCUUUCCCCCAAGAAGAGCAGUCAGUCUGAUGGUCCUAACUCUGGACACUCUAGUAGUAACACUUUAUCAAGCACGGCUUCCAGCGGGGGUCACAGCGACAGUGAUAAGUGGUACGAGAUGGGGGCCGGCGGAGGCUCAGGCGGGGACCAGGGUGACCCGGAGCCUAACGGCCUCGGAGGCGGAGGCUACCUCCAGGGCGCCUCGGCCGACAGCGGCAUCGACACCAGCUCCUACGGGGCCUCGCACCACAACCACCCACAUUCUCACCACGGCAGCACCACAUCCCUGCUGGCGCCCAGCGGCGGUCGAGAGAGCAGGGAUCGCUCGCCGUGGCACAGCCCCACCGAGGGGGGACGCAGAAUGUUGGAGAGGUCGCCUGCGGCUGCCGAGUCCCCCGGUCCUCCGGGGGAAAGGAGCCUGGAUGGCGCCGGUCGGAGCCCUCCCACUCAUCUCCUCGUUCGUGACAGCAGCACCUUCAGUCUGAGUGAUGGUGGCUCCCACUCGAGGCACAGCUCCCCGAGGGAUGAAUCGUCUUCAAGCACAUCUCCAUCUUCCCAGUCUUCAGUGCCCCCUGGACCAAAGAGCUUCUACCCUCGCCAGGGAGCUCAGUCCAAGUACCUGAUAGGCUGGAGGAAGCCAGGCUCCACCAUUAAUUCGGUUGACUUUGGAGACACACGCAAGAAAUCCCCAGGGGAAAGUGGCUUGGAUGUUAUUCCAACGCCAGCGGCCAGGCCUUCACUGAGGGACAUGCACUCACCACAGCCCCAUGCCAAGUCGACUAUGGAGGAAGAUGUGAAGCGGCACGGUGCUCAGGACAGCCCUGUGCCGCCACGCAGAUAUAAGGACAAGUAUCCCCAGAAGUCUCCACCGAGCCAGCCCCCCAGCCGCCGACGCUCGCUCCACCGUACGCUGUCGGACGAGAGCAUCUACCGAGGCCAGCGCCUCCCCGCCCUAACCGACUCGGUGGUCGAAACGACUCUCGGAGCCGAUGUCCUCUUCAGCUCCUCCACCCUCCCGCGCUCUCCUACCACCCGGGGCGUGCCGCUUCGACGGCCCUCCUAUAAGCUAGGAGUCAAACUGCACGGCGACCUCUCAGCAUCCGACACGUCACUGGUGGAUUUGGUGGAGCGUCAUCGUGGGCCGCUGCCCCAGGAGCUGAUGCCCCUCCCAUCCUCUGACAGGGACAGCCCCCUGGACUGGACACACCUUGUGGAUGUGGCUAACACCUUUGAUAGUGAUAGAAACACUCACUAUGUCCAGAGAAGUUACGUGUUUGGGGAUUCCAACCACAGAAGCAGCGGCGCCUCCAGUCCUCAGCAGCCGCACAUCGAGCUCCAGCCUGCUCCCAUGUCCCGGCCCUCAUCAAGUGAGGGCCACAUAGGAUUGGAGAGGAAGGUGACAAAGCUGGAGGCCAUGGUGAAGAUGCUCCAGGAGGACCUUAAGAAGGAGCGUGACGAGAAGGUGCGACUUCAGGCUCAGAUCAAGAGGCUUUGGGAGGACAACCAAAGGCUUCAGGACGAGUCUCGGACCUCUGCUGCAAAGCUCAAGAAGUUCACCGAGUGGGUCUUCAACACCAUUGACAUGAACUGAUGACACGUGGCUCCCAGGUAAACAAAACAACUGUUUUGGCCUGUCUGGAUCAAACAUUUCGAGCUUUUCUUCCCCCUAAUCUUUUUCACCACAAUAUCAAGAAAGGGAAUCCACUCCUGAUGAACAAUCCUAGCAUGAAGUGAACUUAAGCCAUCGACUGACCCUCUUCUCUUUUUGUCCGCCUACUUUUUUCUUGUGCCAAAUCCGAGCCAGCAGCGGACUUCUUCUUUCCUCCCCAACGCACAGAGAAUGUAACAAUCCUGCAGGCCCAACCGUUCGCUGUUCACUGGAACACGACCCUUCACGGCUGCGCGGAGACGAGGGCUUUUUACUCCAAAAUGGAGGUUGUUUUGAACGAUCCUCGGUUGUUUCUCCACCGAAAGGGGGGAAAAAAAUUGUGAGUUCCGGUGUUAUCUCCCGAUGAGAAAGGAAUAUGUUGAAAAGCCAUCGGCACCGGUGCCACGCCAUAAAACGCAGAGUGCAAUCGGGAGACGGCAGGAAAAAGGAAGCAAAAUACAUUCCUGUGAACGCAAAAUCUGCUCAGAACGAGAAGACUCCGGAAUAAAGUCUUAACCUUCUGGGGGACGGCUGACUAUGAAGGGUUUAUUUAUUUCCUUGUACUAUAAUUCCAAUAAAUAAGUUGCUCUAUUCGUACAGUACAAUUGGCAUCCGUGUUUAGUUCCGAAAGAAACAAAAAAAAAUGAAUGCCUUUCUUUCUUGAACCUGGCUGUCUUCUUUUGAACUGCGUAUUUCUACCAGUCCCUCCAGUAGUUUGCAGGAUUUGUUUGUUUGUGUUACUGUCACAGACUUAAAUGGCUGAGUUGGCGCCACACCUUUUUUCGGGAAGUUGCAAUGUUUGGUGUGUUAAUUCGUUUUAUGGCACACAGACUAAAGUACACGGGUAAGACUAAUAAAAAUGUAACAUCGUGCAAAGGUUCAUUCAUGCCAGCAAUUAUCCUAGCAAGCACAAGACAUUGCUACAAUGUUGAUUAUACAUACAUGUCCUUUGAAACUGACUUUCAAGCAACGUUGCACAAUAGUCGUAUUUGUAAAUUGAGACAACGUUGAUGUCCAACGUUGGAUCCACGUCGACCAAAUUUCAACGUCACAACUUGACAUUGAAUAAACGUCGUCAAAAAGCGCGUUGUGUAUUUGUGUUGUAAAAUGUUGGUUGGAAAAUGACCAAAAUUCAAUGGUCAAAUCCACGCCAGAACGCAACAUUGAUUAAACAUUGACAAAAAGCUUGUUAUUUCAAUUUUAUGUUUGAGUUGCUCAAUGUCAGGGCUUAAUUAUCAGUGUUUUUUAAAUGUCUUAUGCCUGCUGCGUAGGUUUACAAGGUAGAACUGAUACAUGAUAGGCCAGGCCAGUGGGGUUUUGGUGCACAUUGAAGGUUCCAGGGUCUAAGUCACUAAAAUGUUAAAAAUAAGUCUUUUAUUAAUAUUUUUUUAACUUGUAACACCAACUCCAGAGCUAGCCAUCGCUAUAAAGUAUUUUUUUAAAUGUUUUAUGGCUUUUAUUUUUUGAGAAAAGACAAAAUAUGCAAUAUUUUCCCCAAAAUAUUUUCCUAAAUUGAAUAUUUAAUUUGAUGUCAUUUGAACCUUAAGUAAGCAAAUUAUUCAUGACAUUGCUUUUGGUUAUUAUACAUUUUUGAACAAUUGCAGUUUGAAAAAAUUCAAACUAAAGGUUUUGGGUUAUCCACUAAUAAGUGUUAAAAUAGCUCAAUAUAUUAUGUUUUUAAUUUUCAACACUUAAAAUAUCUAUUAAUCAACUUCAGAUCUACUGUCAACAUAAAGUUAUUUUUUUUAUGUAUUAUGCCCUUUUUCUUUUGUUAUAGAAUACUUUUUUUCCAUAUGGCAAAAACAAAAAAUAUGCAACAUGUUCUCCAAAAUAUUUUUCUAAACAUUUAAUAUAUUUCAUGCGAUUCAAAUUGAGCCUAAAAUAGGCACUAAGUGUUCAAAAUAAUUUGUAUUUUAAUAUGACUCAUUUAUAUGACCUGCACCUUCAAAUAUUUAAAAAAUUUGGAUUUUUUUUUUUAAUAAUUAUGGCUUACAGCUUGUGAAAACCCUCGAAUGGAAAAGUUCAGAUUUUUAUUAUUAUUUUUUUUUUUUUCAAAAACUGUAAAGCAGUGGGUUUCAAACUUUUUUUCACCAAGUAAAACCUCAAAAAACUUUGCUCUCCAAGUACCACCAUAAUGACCGAUAUUGCAACAGUAGCAUUGUAGGCCUUAGUAUUCAUUAAAAACAAGGCCAAGGUUUUAUUUACCAAGUAUAUUUAGUAUUUUUGGCCACAGCACUUUGUUUGAAUGUAGGAAAUUAAAACACUGUACUAAAUGGCUAAACUAAUUGUCAGUUAUCUGUGCUAUGUCUGAAAAUAUUAUUUAAAAAAAAAAAAAAAAGUACAAAAUGUCUGGUGUGUUAAAGGAGGUGCUUUUUGUUGCACCCAUUAACGUAUUUAUAUAUUUUUUUGUAUUUGGAUACUACAGCUUGAAAAUGACUACUGUAAACCAUAACCAUCAAAAUUCCAACAAAUAAAAGCUGGAAGUAUUUCACUUUGCAUGUAAUGAGUUUAUAUCUCAUUAGAGGUCAAAUUGCUGGCAUAAAUGAACUUUCACCCAAUAUUCUACAUUUUUGAGUUUCACGUGUAGACCAGGUAAAAGCACAUACUCUGAGCUCAAUGUCAGAUUACUGUUUUAUUUCAUAAUAACUUGUAGUAAUAAUUAAUCAUGAAUACAAAAAGAAGCACCUCCAAAGGCGUCCUUAUUGUCGUCCACAAGUUGGAGACAUUCUCAGUGUAAGUUUUACACUUGAAACGUCUUUGUCCGUCUUCAACAUUCAUUUAUUUUCCAGCACUUUUACCCCCCGCACGAUUAAUCGCGUUUAAGAGCCAUCUAAUGCGCCAAUUUUUGUUGGUAUCACCAUACUUCAACAUCUCUAACGUGUACCGUAUUUUUCGGAGUAUAAGUCGCACCUGCCGAAAAUGCAUAAUAAAUAAGGAAAUAAACAUAUGUACAGUAAGUCGCACUGGAGUAUAAGUCGCAUUUUUGGGGGACAUUUAUUUGAUAAAACCCAACACCAAGAAUAGACAUUUGAAAGGCAAUUUAUAAUAAAUAAAGAAUAGUGAACAACAGGCUGAAUAAGUGUACGUUAUAUGACACAUAAAUAACCAACUGAGAAGGUGCCUGGUAUGUUAACGUAACAUAUUAUGGUAAGAGUCAUUCAAAUAACUAUAACAUAAAGAACAUGCUUUACGUUUGCCAAACAAUCUGUCACUCCUAAUCGAUAAAUCCCAUGAAAUCUUAUACGUCUAGUCCAGGGGUCGGCACCUUAAAAUGUUGAAAGAGCCAUAUUGGACCAAAAAUACAAAAACUAAUAUGUCUGGAGCCGCAAAAAAAUAAAAGUCAUAUUACAUACAGAUAGUGUGUCAUGAGAUAUAAAUAGAAUUAAGAAGACUUAAAGGAAACCAAAUGAGCUCAAAUAUAGCUACAAACGAGGCAUAAUGAUGCAAUAUGUACAUACAGCUAGCCCAAAUAGCAUGUUAGCAUCGAUUAGCUUGCAGUGAUCAAAUAUGUCUGAUUAGCACUCCACAGAAGUCAAUAACAUCAACAAAACUCACCUUUGUGUAUUCAUGCACAACGUUAAAAGUUUGGUAGACAAAAUGAGACGGAAAAAGAAGUGGCAUAAAACAUGUCUUAGAAAGUCGGAGAAAGUUAUACAUGUAAACAAACGAUGGUGAGUUCACGGAUCGCCAAAAUUAGUAGGACAAAACGGCUCUCGCCAAAUACUCGAGUCAGUGAAGCGUGUUUAAUACAAACAGUGUGCAUUAUAACAAUUAGGGAGGUUUGUUUCAUGUUUGUCCUCCUACAGAAACUAUAUUAAAACAAAAAAUAUAUUUUUUUCCUCUCAUCUUUUUCCAUUUUUCACACAUUUUUGAAAAAGCUCCUGAGAGCCACUAGGGCGGCGCUAAAGAGCUGCAUGCGGCUCUAGAGCCGCGGGUUGCCGACCCCCGGUCUAGUCUCUUCUGUGAAUGAGCUAAAUAAUAUUAUUUGAUAUUUUACGGUAAUGUGUUAAUAAUUUCACACAUAAUUCGCUCCUGAGUAUAAGUCGCACCCCCGGCCAAACUAUGACAAAAAAAACUGCGACUUAUAGUCCAAAAAAUACGAUAAAUGUUGUUCGGACAGCAUUGUAAAUAAGACUAUGUUCCGGAUAAAUAAAGGUGAGAUAAAUCUAAAUAAAUACUGGACAUGUAAACAAGGAAAGUGUGUUGCUCAAUGUUUGUAUAAUACAUUACCCAGAAGGCUUAGCAUUGCCAACAGGAAACUAGCUAUGAGCCAUAAAUAGUUGAUAAAUUGUUGUUGUUCCUGCUUCGGCUAAAUUAAACUGUUGACAUGUGUUCCGAAACAAAUUUAAUGACGAAUAUGGCGCCUUUUGGCCAAAAUAUGUGGGGAAUUUGCGUGUUUUGAACAAAGUAGUGAGGCCGAAAUCGGCACGACGACAACACUGCCAAUUCCUGGAGGGACUGUAUUUUGUUGUACUUUGUGGUGCUCCAGCCUGCUGUUCUGUUGCUUUCAGCGCCCACUAGUGGUUAUUUAAUGUUGGUAAGAAACAUUUGGUAUGGUGGGUCGACGUAUGCCAGCUUUUAGACAAUCACAGCUAGAUUUGUUUUGCCUAAAAGGAGCUUAUUGUUUCACUUCUGUUACUUAACCCCUCAGGUCGGUGAACAUGAGGACGUGCUGAGAAAUUCCAUGAUUAUCUAACUAAAUUUAUCUUUGAAUACAAAAAAAAAAGGAUAUAUAUAUAUAUAUAUAUAUAUUGCGUGUGUGUGUGAGGUCAUAGUGUGAAUGUACAUCAGUCUAUCCAGCUGUGCCUAGUCACUGUGGUCAUUUCCUCCAGGGGCCAACGUGCCUUUGAGACAGCACCUGGGCAACAUAUGAAAGUGAAACCUUUUCUCCAUCGCAGGCAAAAGAAUAUCUCACAAUACGGUUGAAGGAUGCCCGGCAGGAUACAUGACGGUUGUCUACGGACAUACACUUGUGUGUCAUCAAAUGAUCUGUAAUAUUUUCCUCUUGCAACACAAAAACACUGUCGUGCCGCGCCUUUUUAUCGUGGCAAACCGCAAAUCAUGCCCGUUUUCUAUACCAGUUAACCACAAUUUCAUUACCUUUAUUUUAUUUUAUUUUUUUACAUACGAAUAAUCGAUUGCAGGAUUCAUUUUUUGUAGCUGACGUGUAAUGUGAGAUUUCCAACAGCAGGUCUCGUCAAAACGUCUCACUGCUGGGAGAUGGAAAGUGAUUUGACUUGUCUGACAGCGCCCUCUGCUGGACCCAAAAAGUAGCUGCAGAACCUUUUUGAAAGGGCAAAUACCGGUAAGACAAAUAAAUACUUAAAUGUGUCCUUAACUAUCUAUAGUUGGAAUUAAAAAAAAAAAAAGGUUUUAAUGUGUCAUUAAUUUAUUGCAAGAGUAGAUUCAAUAAAUUAUUUGACUGAUUUAAUUUAUGAUUUGUUUUACUUCAGGCCUUAAAUAUUUCAAUAUUUAAUUAUUUCAUGGUUAUUUCAGAAUGUAUUUUUUUCAAUACAUAAUUAUGUUUGAAAUGUUAUUUCAUUAAUUAAUUAUUUAUUUCAGUAUUAAUUAUUUCAAUAUGUAUUUCAUUAUUUCACGAUUCCAAUAUAUUAUGCUCUGCGAUGACGUGGCGACUUGUCCAGGGUGUACCCCGCCUUCCGCCCGUUUGUAGCUGAGAUAGGCGCCAGCGCCUACCGCGACCCCAAAAGGGAAAAAGCGGUAGAAAAUGGAUGGAUGGAAUAUAUUAUGGUUUAAUUAUUUAAUUCAUGAUUUGAUUUAAUUAUUUCAUGACUUAAUUGUGUCAUGAUUUAAGUAUUUUAACAUGUAUUUCAUGAAUUAUCUCACGAUUCAAUUAUACCAUGGUUCAUUUCAUUAUUUCACGAUUUAAUUAUUUCUUUUAUGUAAAUAUUUAAUCAUUAAAUAAACCAUAAAAUAUUUAGAUAAUAAAAUUAUUGAUUAAAUUUACAAAAUAAAUCAUUCAAUGAUGAAAUAAAUGAUUACAUUAAUUAAUGUCGUUUUAUAAUAAAUACAUUGACACAUUUAAUAACGUAUGUAUUUAAUUAAAAUUCUAAUUAAUGACAUAUUUAAAUAAUUGUUUAAAUAUUCCCGAAAUUUAAAAAUUCCCCAGUUGAUAGUUCCAUCAAACUACUUAUUUGAAUUGCCAUAAAAAUAAACAUUUCCAACUCAAAGCAGAGAAAACAAACAGUGAAUAACUGGGCAAUGAUCUCGAAAAAUAUUUUUCCUCCAUUCGAUGUCAGACUGUAACAUAAAUAUUCCGGCAUGUCAUCACUUCAUAAACACAAUUCUCUUUUAUGCACGUAUUAUUUGCUCAAAAAAACGCACACAAUUUACCUGCACAACAGCGACCAAAAAAAAAAAAAAACUUUUUUCAGAAUAUGUCACAUUUUCCUCCAAAAAUGUACUACUUCUGUGAAAAAUAUUGACCCAUUCCAAAAAAAAACAAAAAACAUUUUUGCCAUUAUUUUCGUCACUAAAAUUAAUAAAUAAGACAAAGUACACAAUCUCCAUUUCUACUUCUGAAACAUUUUGCAUUUUGUCCAAAAUCAUACUAAGUAACCAACAAAAAAAAAACACACCUUCAAAAUAAGCUCCUUUGCCGACAGAUAAAUCACUUUUUUUUUCUUUUUUAAGGAUCUUUUCGGCGCACUGGUGUCUGUGUGAGUGACGAGUAAAAAAGCUCUGGGAAAAAUUCAGUCUAAAUAUGAGAUUUUGGUCAGGAAAAAAAAAAUGCCGUCUUACAUCCGGGUGAUUGUGGUGUUUCCCUUCACGCACGCGCCAGCGUAACGAGCAGGUAGCAUGGACACUAGCGGCGCACACCAUAAUAUUUCAACACGUUCCCAAUGUUGACUCUUUCAUGUUUACGCCAAAAAAGGUUCUGUUUUAAGAAUCGCGACAUGAAUCUAAGUGAUUUGCCAAUGAGGUUGUACAUUUCCAUUUAGUUUGCCUUCUUAUUCUGUGGUCAUGUGAAACACUUCUAAAAAAGAAAAAAAAAAGGACCCCCGUCAGAUUGUGACUGAAUUGUGAAUAUGGAUAAUAAUCCCGAUUUUGUUGUACAUGCAAAGUGCUCCAGAUUUUGUAACAUACCUAAAAACAUGUCUGGCCCACGUCAAAUGUUGUCUCCUCACUCCUUUCACUUUAUCCAGUAUUGUUUAUUUUCAUUUUGUAAGAAACCUUUGCACUUUUUUUUUUCUUUUUUUUUUUGUCAAACAAAUGGAGUUUACAUAUUUUGGAUGACGGCGUGACAACGACCUGUGCGUUCCGCGCAAACUUUAUCGUCGUUUUUCAUGUCGUUACAGUUUCCCACCAACAGAGGGAGGUGCUCGCCUUUUCCUAACUUGGAAAACAAAAAUCUUAUUUUUAGGUCCCCAGCCCUCAAAAAAAAAAAAAAAAAAAUAUCAAAGCAGGUGUGAGAUAGUUCACAAUGAAGUGACUCUAUUUGGACGUUUUUAACCAGCCAUGAUGUGUGACGUAACCAUGACAACCGUGGAACUUUACACUGAACUAAAUGUGUUUUGUCUAUUUGGUUUAUGUGAAAUGUAAAGGUCUGAAAAAGACAUUUGCAGUGAUUACAGUUUCUGGAAUAAAUAAUUCCAUCAUGA